AUGCGGAGUAUUCUGAGCCAAAGUCACCACCGUGCGCAACGCGGAGCCGCCAACAGCCACAGCAGCAGCGCGCACUACACGCACCUCUGCGCCAUGAGUCCCGUUACUUUUAUCAGCAUCACCACCGCUGCCCUGCUCAUCCUCACCGCGCCACCGUGCGAAAGUGCCCCAGUAGCAGUAGCAGAAGUGACAACAGACCAAAGGCAGCUGCUCAGUCAGAUAAAUGCAGUGUGCUCAUAUUACCUCUCAACAGAAGACAAGUUUUGGGCAUCAGAUCCAUUAGGAGAGCUGUGUGUCCUGAUGCUGAUUCAAAAAUCAAAGGAGUUAAAAACACAAGAAAGCAAAAGAGCUGAGCUACAGGGACCAGGGGGCAUCCAGAGCAGAGGCUACUUUCUCUAUCGGCCAAGGAAUGGUAGACGAUCUUUAGAGUAUGAAUGA